AGAAAAAGUGCCAUUAGUUAUCAAUUCAUUAGACAUUGUUAGUGAUGUAUGGAAGGUGAAAAGAAACGCAGUGUUGACAGUGAAACUUCCGGAAAAGAACGGAAGAAAGUGAAAAUCUCUGAGGAGGAUAAACAGGAAUCCAGUUCUGUUGAUAAGAGUUUAAUUUCUGAGGAAACACCCAAUAACAAGAACAAACGAACGAUGGGAAGCCACUCGAAUGGGAACACCGUAGCUACCCUUGACAUGUGCGAGUUCUGUUUUGACGUUCUCAUGGCUCAUUUCUUCAAGAAGUUCGAUAAACCUUCUCCUACAUUUACUAAUGAUAGCUAUCCACUGUUCGUGACGUGGAAGAUUGGUAACAAGAUGAGUUUACGUGGGUGCAUUGGUACCUUCACCUCUCUUAGCCUACACAAGGGUAUCAAGGAGUACGCUCUUACCAGUGCCAUGAACGACAGCAGGUUUAACCCUGUCUCAAAACACGAGAUAUCCCAACUGUCAGUUAGCGUCAGUUUACUUGUCGGUUUUGAGGAUGGAACUGAUUAUCUCGAUUGGACCGUCGGUGUUCACGGUAUCAAGAUAGAGUUUCUGUACGGACGGUCCACAAAGACCGCUACUUUCCUCCCUGACGUUGCUAAAGAACAAGGGUGGACAAAGGAGGAGACAGUAGAAUCUUUGCUUAAGAAAGCUGGAGUAAGAAGUCAGAUGACCCAAGCUCUCAAGGACUCUAUCAAGCUUAUCCGAUACAGAAGUGAAAAGGUUGAGAUGGACUUCGAGGAGUACCUGACAAGAAGACAGAACGUUCCAGAAUUACUGAAUGGCUGUUACGUUCCACUCACUAACGGGCAGUCUAGUUCAAAAUACAGUAACGGUUAUCGGCAAUAGCCCGACCAGUGCUGAGUAGGUUAAAUCUGGGACAAAACCACUGAGUGGACAAAAGAGCUGGUUAACUGAAUUUUUUGAAGAGUUUUUAACCGAAUUUUCAGUUUUCUUCUAACUUUCAUUGCCGUGUGAUCAAAAUUAUAACGCAUUUAUGUCAAUUUAAGAUAAAACUUCGGUUAGCUUAAGCUCUGAUAUAUAACAUGUAUGAUAUUUUAAUUUACUUUAGUAUGAUAUUGUGGCGUGGGUCUUGAAAAUUAUUUAUUGCAUUAUUUCUCUAGAAUGCCUUCUUAACUUACAUGUCGAACUCAUAUUUAAUGUAAUUAGUAAUAGUUGUAGACUUUUCAAGGUUUCUUAAUGGUUUUAGCAAUAUCUUCUAUAUCAUAUGUUCAGUGUUAUGUUGCAAAUGUGAGGGCUGUAUCCAUAAUUUAAUUCACUACUUAGAACGAACGUGUAAUCAAUGUAGUAGAAGUAAGUAUAAAAUUCGUCAAUUCAAAUCUGGAUUAUCUCUUUAAACAGCCAUUGCAAACAAGGUUUUUAUCAAGACAUACAUUUUCGGCCACUCUUAACGGCACAUGUGCACAAAUAUCUAUCAGAUUCAAGUCACCAAGUAAUAAAUUUAAAAUUAUCUGAGAAUGCGAAAUUCUAUUUAAUUUGAAAUUGUGAAAUGAUGAGGCUGUUUUGAGUGUUUAUUUGUGCUUAAAUGAGUGCUAUGUACUUUUUUCCACUAUUGCUGAGAGAAUUGCCCUCUGACACCUGACAUGUAUUUGUUCGGUAAUACCACGCUAACUGUCGACUUUAUGAGUCGUUAAAGAGCUGUUAGAUUUGAAAUAAAAGUUAUACUGCGCGUCAAUAUAUAAAGUUGCUUAAAUUAUUGAGUUGGGAGAACUUUGUAGAAAAUUGAAAUAAUACUGUUUUUUGAAAUUCUUUAGAUAAAUGAUGAUUUAUUUGGAUAGGGGAUUAACUGUGUUGGCAAAAUAGCUGGCUAAACCCUUAAUAUGUAUAAUGUCACGCAACGACUAAUACUGUAUAUUUACACUCCAAUAAAACAAAAAUGCUCUCUGCAAAAUACUAAAAUAGUUUCUCGGAUUUUGCUGAUCUAUUCAUUGUGAUAAUUAAGAUAGCUUUUCUGAAUACGUCUGUAAAGACACUAUUACAGUUGUUAAAAUAUCUUCGGUGUAAAAGUAGAUUCUGGUUCUUCUUAAAUUAUAAAAUAUUGAUAUUUUUCACUAUAGAUCAAUUCAUUCGUAAUUAUGAUAUGAUACUUCUGAAGUAA